UAGCGGCGGAGCGCUGCGUUUUACAGCACUCUGAUUUUACCGUUUACUACAGCGUAGCUUUACGUUUUCCUCUGGGUUUCUCAUGGUAACAAUUAUGUGCCGAAGAUGUGAAUAACGGCAUUUAUAUCUAAAAUAUUCCUUAGCUCUGGCUGACUGGCAUGGCGUCAGUCAGAUUGCCUAGUCUGCCGCUGCGGCUGAUAGACCUUUGCCGACCCAAACAGCAUGGUCCUGUCACUAAAUUGUGGCUUGGGAGUGCUGGGCACGCUGCUGAGAAGACAACCUGUCCCUUGGACCUGCCUAGUGAAGCUCGUGUGGUCAUCUGUGGAGGUGGUGUUGUAGGCUGCUCAGUGGCAUAUCAUUUGGCUCGAGACCAUGACCUUACUGAUGUUGUUGUCCUCGAGAAAGGAGUAAUUGGAGGUGGUUCAACAAAGCAUGGUGCUGGACUUCUGGGGCAGCUGAAGGCCACUACAAUAGAAUGCAGAGUUUCCAAAUACAGCAUUCAGCUGUACAAGGACUUUGAAAGCAGAGGCUUUGACACAGGAUGGAACCAGUGUGGAAGUCUUCUUCUUGCUCGCACAAAAGACCGUCUCUUUUACUUCAAGAGACUGGCAGCAAUGGCAGCGUCACUAAACCUUGAGUGCCAUUUGCUGUCUCCUGCAGAGGCACAGUCAAAGGCUCCAGAUAUCACAACUGAAUUGUUGGAAGGUGCACUAUGGGUGCCUGGUGACGGUGUGGCAGAUCCUUCGCUUGUCUGCCAAGUACUUGCUCAACAAGCAUCUGAGAUGGGCAUUAAAAUUAUGGAAGGUUGCUCAGUUGAAAAAGUCACUGCACAUGGCCGCCACAAUAUGCAUGAUGUGGAAACAAACUGGGGAUCUAUACGCUGUGAAUAUUUUGUAAACUCAGCCGGAUAUUUUGGCCGACAACUUGGCAAAAUGAGCACACCUGAAGUAAAGGUUCCUCUGUACCCAUGUGAGCACCAUUUCCUCCACACCUUACCUGUGGAUGGCAUGGAUCCUGACAUGCCUGUGAUUCACGACUGUGAUGGCCACUUCUACUUGAGAGCACAUGAAGGAGCAUAUCUUGCUGGGGGCUUUGAACCUCGAAGUAAGCCAGCUGAUCUCAGCAUCAUUCCAUCUGGAGAAUUGGGGACACUUCCAGAAGACUGGGAUCAGUUCUAUAUCCUGUUGAAGGAAAUUCUUUUCCGUUUUCCAAAGCUGGGAAACGUGGAAGUUGACAGACUUUACAAUUGCCCUGAAAGCUUUACACCUGAUUGUCGUUGGAUUAUAGGGGAAGCUCCAGAGGCAAAGAACUAUAUUGUGGCCUCUGGAAUGAAGUCUGUUGGCAUUGAGGCUGCUGGUGGCUUGGGGGAAGUCACAGCUGAAUGGAUUGCAAAAGGAGAGCCGAAGCUUGACUUGUGGGACAUCGACAUACGGAGGUUCAUUGGAAUUCAUAACAAUGCUCAUUUUCUUCGAGAUCGCAUGACUGAGGCACCAGGCAUGCAUUACAAGUUAUGUUAUCCAUUUGUGGAAUUUCAAACUGGCCGAGAGCUGCGGAUGUCACCCAUAUAUCCUCGUCUCAAACUGGCUGGAGCUGUUUUUGGACAAACAAUGGGUUAUGAAAGACCUCACUAUUACACAUCCAGUGAUCAUAAUAUCCUGACAGGGGCGGACCUGUAUGGAAAGCCGCCAUGGUUUGAUGCAGUGAAAUCUGAGUAUGAAGCCUGCAGAGAGAGGGUGGCUCUUCUUGACUAUUCUUCUUUCACCAAACUGGAAGUUUGGUCUCCUGGUAGUGAGGUGGUUGAUCUGCUGCAGUACUUGUGUUCAAAUGAUAUUGAUAUCCCCGUGGGAAGCAUUGUUAACACUGGUAUGCAAAACCAUUGGGGUGGCUAUGAAAAUGACUGCAGCCUUGUCAGGCUCGAGAAAAACAGGUACAUGAUAGUGGCACCCACAAAGCAACAAAUGCGCUGCCAGACAUGGAUUCGUCGCCAUGUGCCAUAUGACAGCCCUAUUGUCGUUGCUGACGUCACUUCUAUGUAUACUGCCAUCUGCAUCAUGGGCCAGCAAGCACCAAACCUCAUGUCAGAACUGACUGACACCUCGUUGACAUCCAAGGACUUUCCACUGUUCACAUGGAAAGAGCUUGACUUAGGUUUGGCCAGUGGUAUCAAAGUUUUCCACAUGACUCAUACUGGAGACAGAGGAUGGGUCCUGUACAUACCUAAUGAGUAUGCUCUUCAUGUAUAUGAUAGAAUCCUUGAAGUGGGUCAGAAGUAUGGCAUUCAGCAUGCUGGUUACUUUGCCAUGCGGACACUUCGAAUUGAGAAGUUUUUUGCCUUCUGGGGAAAGGACCUGGAUUGCACGACGACACCAUUUGAGUGCGGACGGGCCUUCAGAGUCAAGUUUAAUAAAGACUUCCUUGGUAAGGAAGCUCUAUUGAAGCAGAAAGAAGCAGGUGUGACGCGACGGUAUGUGCAGCUGCUGCUUAAGGAUCACGACCCUGACUAUGAUCCAUGGCCUUGGGGUGGAGAGCCCAUCUUGUUUGAGGACCGCUGCAUUGGCAUGACAUCCACUACUUGUUAUGGAUUUACACUUGGUGGACAGGUUUGCCUGGGCUUUGUGGAGAACAAGGACGCGAAUGGUGUGCCACAAGUGCUGACAAAUGACUUCAUCUUGAAGAAUGAGUUUUAUGUUGACAUUGCUGGCCACAAGUUUGCAGCUCGAGCCAACAUUCAUUCACCAUCAUUAGCUUAUCAGGUGACCACCCCUGAUAGACUUUAUCUGGCAACAAGAUGAAGACCUUACUUAGAGUGGCCAAGCAUGCCAGGCAGCACUGGCAUUUGUAUUUAAUUAAUACCUAGAGAAUGGCUUUGACAAAAGCAACAACACUAUGUACAGAGAGCCUUUGCUGGUCUCUUCAAAAUAUUUGUUGCUAAGUUUAUAUGUUCUGAGCAGUUUAUAUACACAGCAUUUUGGUGACCUAAAUUGCGUAAUUUAUUAAGCUGUUGUUUCUAAGCUUUUCUUAAGGUCUUCUUGUUGGCACCAAGAUGUUGGUAAUUAUUCAUAUAGUGUUUUUGAUUCUCUUAGAACUGCUUUGUUGUGAUCUUUUGCAAGAAAGUAAAAAAAAAAAAACAGGGAGUAAGAUGUGGAUGUGACUCAACUGUGCAUCAAACCAAAAGCAUUGCCUGUGUAUCUGACUAUUGCUGUAGUAAGAUUUUAAAGUAGAGAAACUGUGGUGGACUUGAAAUUGAUCUGAAUUGCUAACAUCCAUCUAGCUACUUAUGAAACAUGUAUUGGUUCCGACUGCCAUUUUAACAAAAAGCAGUUUUUGAAAAUGUAAACUAUGUGUUGCAGUCAAUGAGUAGUAUUUCACUAUUAAUGUAGCUAUUACUGGCUGUCCCAACUAAAGGUCACCAAGAAUUAAAAAGUAAUGUAUGGCUUUAUGCAAACGGUGAUCAUGUACGCCUUUGGGGGCUGUUCGGUCUAGUCGUGGGUAUUUUCUUUUAAAUUUUAGAUGAAUAUUUAUUAAGUUUAAUUAGUUAACCUUAAAUUAACUUAUUUGAUUAGGCAUCAAUACAAAAGUAGUGGAGUAUAUUGAGAAAUUGCCAAUAACAACAUUUAGCCCCUUAACUGCCUUGAGAAAUUUGAAAAAAUGCAUGAGAAGUGCACAUUUUCUUGAAACCUGCAUUUAUUUUGCCAUUUAUUUUUAAAAAAUUAUCAUACCGGGAGUGCUUAUAGUGCCUUUAAUGCUUUUGUUGAAAAAAAAACUGCAAAUGACUGUAUUGCUGAUGUGUCAAAAUUACAUAGUAGUGCAACCCAGGAUGAGUUAAAUCGUCAUCGGCAGUUAAGGGGGUAAAGUAAUUGAGGUCUUGCAAGCUUCUUUUUCUUUUUUUUCAAUAGAGCAAGCCUGCGAAAUUAACAACAUACUAUGGGACAACGUGUCCGUGUACCAGGAAAUUGCAGUGCUCUUGAAUGCAAACCUGUCAUUGGAAAUUAACAGCACAAAACAGACACGGACGAACGAAAAGAAGAACGUGACACUGGCGCCAGUGUCACGUUCUUCUUUUCUUUCAUCCGUGUCUGUUUUGUGCUGUUAAUUUCCAAAAACAUGAAUUACCACACACUCGCCCAAGUUUCUCUUCUAGUAAACCUGUCAAUUACAGGCCUAGCUUAUCUCACUAGGAACGGACGGCCACACUCUUUCCCCAAACCCGUCAGUAGUUUUUGGCACGCAUCUUCAAUCCUUAUCAAAGGUGAAGCUCUGACUUUGAAUGCACAUAAGAUGCACAGUGUACUAGAUGAUGAGAUGUACGCUUGAGACCGCUGUCAUUGCUGGCACAAAUGCACUGUCAGGUGAUACACUAAAAAUUUUUGCAAGCUUUCUUUUUUUAUUGGAACAAAGGACCACAAAAGACCUAGGUUGCUUUAAACACUGUUAUCAGUAAUUUCUUUACAUCCUCCACGAUGUUUGCAUUGAUGACUUAUUGAUAGUGUAAGUUGAUGAAAUGUUCGAUAAAAUAUUCAUGACUGGUCAGAACAGUUAUUAGAACGCAGUGGACGCUGAUCACAUAAUGCCAUCUGUUACCUUUUAGUUAUUGGCUACAUUAAGUUAGGACAGACGGUAUAACAAAGAACUCAUGAGCAGCCAUGAAGAACAUUUCUGCUGCAUUUUUGGACAUGUUGUUGUGUGCAAGCUUGAUUGAAUUUCCUUUGACUAUUGUGCCAUGCCCUUGAUAUAACUGUUCUUGCUUUGCACUGUGUGAAUAAAGUAGUCUUACAUUUA